CCCACAGCGUGACAGCAUCAGUUUAGAAAUACAAUUGGUCAAUUCGAAGCAAGGGCGUAACUGAAGACCAAUCAGAUGAGGGGAAAGCAGGCAAGGCGGGGCAGGCGGUUUGUCCGAACUGGACGGUGUAGUAGGGGUGUUUAGUCAGUAAUCAGCAAACUGGGGAGAUGAUCUGGCAGUGAUUUUAAAACCAGAGUUUUAUGUGACAUUUGCGCCUAUAGAAGCACGGACUCCUGCCCAAAUAGGAAGAACUUUUUCUCUUCAGUGAAACAUGCAUCAGCCAGUUCAGGUCUGGUUUGGAGAUGAUACGCCUUUAAGUCCAAGGAACCCUUUGACCCCAAGGCAUGGACCAGGCCUUGUUGAUGUUUAUCAGUAUGACCAGUGGCUGGCAGUGCGCCAUGAAGCCACUUUGGUGCCUAUGCAAGAAGAUCUGUCUAUCUGGCUCACUGGCCUUUUAGGAGUCAGAGUAAGUGGUGACAAGUUUAUGGAAGAGCUGGAUAAUGGCUUCUUGCUCUGCCAGCUGAUCUCUGUUAUCCAAAGUACAAUGAAACGCUGUUGCACAGCAGAAGAACUAAAGUGCGUGCCCAUGAGAAAAGUCCCAUGUAGGAGAGAUGCCCCUUCUGGCUCCUUCUUUGCUCGUGACAAUACAGCCAACUUUCUGCGCUGGUGCAGGGGCAUUGGGGUUGAUGAAACCUACCUUUUUGAAUCUGAAGGCUUAGUUUUGCAUAAAGAUCCCCGUCAGGUUUGCCUGUGCCUUCUUGAUGUCGGCCGGAUAGUAUCCAGGUAUGGAGUUGAGCCACCGGUGCUGGUAAAGCUGGAGAAAGAGAUUGAGUUAGAAGAAACACUAAUCAUUGAAUCAGGACCAUUAGUGCCUACAAAUAUUCAGAAGUCAUGCUGUCAUCGAGAGGAGCUUCACGAAGCGGUAAAACACAUAGCAGAAGAUCCUCCUUGUAACUGUUCCCAUCGGUUCUCUAUUGAGUAUUUAUCUGAAGGUCGAUAUCGGCUGGGUGAUAAAAUUCUUUUCAUAAGGAUGUUACAUGGAAAACACGUUAUGGUUCGCGUUGGGGGUGGCUGGGAUACCCUCCAGGGAUUUCUGCUGAAAUACGAUCCCUGUCGAGUAUUGCAGUUUACAACUUUAGAACAGAAGAUUCUACAGUUCCAAAAAGGAGGACAAAAUGAAAAUAUGCCUACACAACCUGCCAGGACUCCUCAACCGCCAGUAAUGAAUCCUUUGUCUGCAAUCAGUGCCUCUCAAAAAAUAAAUUCCAAAGCAUCCACACCAGUAUCUUUGGCUAAUUGUGGGAGUAAUUCAUCACCAGCUUUGACCCCCAGAAGCGGAGUGCGUCCCAAAGUUCCGACUAUGCCAAGAAAGGGGUCACCACUGUUUAUAGAACCUCAAAGGAAGGUUGCAAAAAAAUCUGAUUCUCCGCCACAAACAAGAACAUCUCCACUUACCAGCAAAACCCCCAAAAAUACUUCUGUAAAAAACACUGGUGCAUCUACUAGGCCAAAACCAGAAGCUUCACUUUCAGACCAGGUAGAAAUAGGAAAAGUUCCAGCUCGAGAGACCAAAGUAAUUGGGAAAACUCCAGUAUCACAGCACUCUUCUCCAACAAUGCUACACUCUAGUUCUUCAAGCAGGAAAUCUAAGUCACCAAAGACAUCUCCAUGUGCUUCAUCUUGCCUUACAAAGCAGCCAAAAACCAUUUCUGGCUCUCAGCUACAAACAAGGCCUUUAAAAGAAGCAGUUGGCUCUCGUAAACCAGUUGCUACCACUAAAGCCCCUGUUUCUGAACAUGGAUCAUCUAGCACUAAAAGACCUAAAGACACAUUAUCCAAUCAGAGAGCAAACAUUAAAAUGUCUAAAGAUGAUAUUAAAACCAGAAAAGUGGAACAACCUAAUAGAAACAAUCUAUUAGAUCGCAAGCCGUUUGUAGUGUCUUCAAAAACAAACACUAGAAAACCACAUGUACCAGUAACUGUACAGAAUGCUGCUAAACCCAUGCCCACAGGUGUCGUCCAUUCCAAAACUGUAACAAAAAGUAAUCCUAGAGCAGUUCCAAAAAAUGAAAUAAAAAAGGCAGUGACUGAUAAAAACCCAAUUUCUGGACGUACACCUUUAUCUGUUGUAAGGGUUCCACAAUCUGCUGCCAAAACCCAACCUGCACAAAGGAUCAAUCCCUCAACCAAAACUCAGCCUCCACCUAUUGACAAAGUGCAGAGCACAACAGCCUCAAAAAGCGCAACCUCGAAUGUUAAAGUGACAACAUAUCGCAAGGGCGUCCCCGAUGCUAGAAAAGAUAAGCUUCAAAAACCCAAAUUGGAUGACAGGUUAAUUGUUCCAAAAAGUGGGCAAAAGUGACUGUGCUGUUAGAAAGGAGGCCACAGCAUGCACAUAUAUAUUAUAUAUAUUAUAUAUAUUAUAUAUAUAUAUUAUAUAUAUAUAUAUAUAUAUAUAUAUAUAUAUACACACACACACAUCUUUUGGAAAAAUUAACCCCCUUUUUGACUAAUUGGUCAAUAGUGUCCCCUUUCCAUUCUGCUAAUAUGUUAAUCAAGUCUCAGUAGCAGGUGGUCAUAGAGGGAACUAAACCAUUAGUAAGUGUUUUUAUCUCAGCUUCUGGCUACAUGAGCCAUUUGUGAUAGAAAAUAGUGGCACUAUAUAUAUUGUGUAUAUUUUUUACCAUGUAAUAGAUGUAGAUUGUUUUUCAUUUUGGCAAGGUAUGUUUGUUUAGAUUCAAAAGCUAUAAAUAUACAUUGAGGUUAUUUAAUCUGAGCAGGCAUUUGUAGCUGCUUCUGUUUUGGCAUAUUUUGGAAUUGCCCUAGUAAAUUGUUUAAUGAAUGCAGAAAGGUAAAGCUGUCUGUGCUUAUGUUUGAAACUGGUGUGUAACUGAAUGUUACAUGUCCAGCUGACAAGACAGAGCAUUUCCAAACCAGUUGGGUGAAAUUUGGGGAUCACCUGAAAGCCCAGCUUGAGAGUCAGUUAAAAUGAGAUUUGGGGUGAAGUUUUUCCCUCUACUAGAUAUUCUUCAAGCUAUGGCAGACUGUCUGAUAUACAAAUGUUUUAUCUAUAACCAUGUUAUAAGCUCAUGGGUCCCCUGACCAAAAAUGUAAUCCCCCAAGGGGCCUAUUGUAUCUUAGUGUUAUUUUCUAGAAAGGAUAUUGGUUUCUUAACACUAAUUAAGAUCUAAUAAAACAUUAGCACAUGCUUAUCACUGUGGGAAUGGGUAUGAGUGAUAACCAAUCAGAAUUAUGCUUUCAUUGAUCUCACUGCAGUUGAGCAGCAGGUUACUAAUACUAGUGAAACUACACCUAUUUUGGGAUGAUGUAUUGCAUUUAAUUCCAUAGAAACAGGCUUAUAGAGGCUUGCAUGCCAUGGAUUUGGAUGCAUGUGUAUAUUCAGAUGACUUCUUGUGACAUCUGGAGUGUAUAACGGUUGCACAAGUUGCAGUGGUUUCACUGAUAUGUAUGGAAUGAAUAACAGGUUUCCGCAAGCUCAUGGCAAGCAUACAAAACAAGUCUGAUAUCUUAGCUAUGUCGCUUAGAGGCAUGCUCCACAUUUCUCCCCAAAUGGACUACUGCACAGGGGGAAAUUGAACAAACAGUGUUGGUCCCAGAAAAUGCUUAUAAAAUAAAGCCCAAAAAAGCAACAAUCUACGUGUUGCACAGAGGUAUUUUGUUUUUCACUGUCUUUUCUAGUGUUUUCUUUUUUAGUUCGGAUAGAUUUGGAAACCAAGACUUGCAGAAGGAGGGGUUUUCGGGUGCUACACUAAAAUUGCUGGCUGACGUUUUAGUGUUAAAACGCCUUUGCUUCUCCCCCUUUUAGUUCCGGCUUGGAAAGGAGGAGGGAGCCUCCAACUAGAGUUGCCACCUCAUCUCUGUAAAACUGAACAUGUGUCAAAUACACAUCAUACAUGGCUAAUCAGCAGUUCAUAUAGAUGAGUGCAGCCUGCAGCAGACAUAUAGACAUGCACCAAUAUUUAAGAUCUUCCGUAUGACAAUCUGUGCCUGGUGGGAGACAAGGUGACCAAUAUCGGUAAAAAGCCUUGGAUAUCGGUCGUCUCGUCGAUCAACAGGACUGAAAAUUUUGCUCGGGCAUCUUUUAAGGUGACUGAACAUCAGAAUUAUUAUAGAAAUAUAUUGUAUAUCCCAGAACAACUAAACAUCACUAUGUCUUCCCCCUUGAGGUUAGAUUCUAGAAUCCUAUAAAAAAAAACGAAAAAUCACACAAUUAUCUCUGUAUCUAGGAUAACAGAAAGAUGGCCGAUGUCAUAGAACUAGUGGGUGCAGGGGGCUAGUUUUAUGGACAGCAAAAACUGCUUCAAUUGUUAAUCAGCUAUUUAGGAAGUGUAUUUUAUAUAUGUUCAGUUUUGAAUGGGUGAGGAAGCAACCCUAUACUGCAACCCACUGCCAGAUCUGGCAAUAUCUUGACUUUAGAGUGA